CUAACCAGCAAUGGAUAUCUCCAAGCCCGUGGGCUCUGAAAUCACCUCGGUGGACUUUGGUGUGUUGUCGGACGAUGAGAUCCGUAAAUUGUCUGCCAAACAGAUCACCAACCCCACUGUCUUUGACAACUUGGGCCACCCUAUAGGCUCUGGGCUCUACGAUUUGGCACUCGGAGCGUUUCUCAGAAAUGUUUGUACUACUUGUGGUUUGGACGAAAAGUUUUGUCCUGGCCAUUUGGGUCACAUUGAGUUGCCUGUGCCUGUUUACAACCCACUUUUCUUCAACCAAUUGUACAUUUUAUUGAGAUCAACUUGCUUGUACUGUCACCAUCUCAAGUUGAAUGCUUUGGAAGUGCACAAGUACAAAUGCGCUUUGCGUUUAAUUCAGUACGGGUUGUUGUUGGAAGUAGUAGAAUUGGAAAAUAUGUAUGCCAGGGGCCAGUCACACGAAGAAGACGACGAUGAAGACUCUUCCAGCGGUUUAGAUCACAAAGCCAAACAGGAGUUGAUGGACCGUAGAGAAGAGUUUGUGAACACUGCUAUAGCAAAAGCUCUCAGCGAAGGCAGAACCAGCGAACUGGGAGUGAUUACUGCUACUGUAGGCGAAGAAAGAAAGCAUACUGUCCAUGACUUCUACAAGAGAUUGUUGUCCAGACCCAAGUGUGACAACUGUGGAAUGUAUUCGCCUACUUUCAGAAAAGAUGGUUUCACCAAGAUCUUUGAGAAUUCGUUAACUGAUAAACAGAUCACCAACAACAGAGUCAAGGGCUUGAACAGACCCGACAUGUUGCGAAACGGUGCAGCCACUUCAACCAAUAGUACAUCAUCUAGUUCUAGUGACAUGCCCAACAUCAAACAUAAGGGUGGAUCGAAGUACGUUUUAUCAUCUGAAAUCAGAAACAUCUUAAGGGCUUUAUUUGUCAACGAACAAGAUGUCUUUCAAAUGGUUUUCCACUCAAGACCUUACCAAAAAGAGACAGUUGUAGCUGAUAUCUUCUUUAGACAGGCUCUUUUGGUACCUCCUACGAGAUUCAGAUUACCUUCCAAGUUAGGAGAUGAAAUCCAUGAAAACGCACAGAACGAGUUGCUCUCCAAUAUCUUGAAAACUGCAUUAUUGAUCAGAGACUUGAACGAUCAGAUCUCGUCCUUGGUCAAGGGCAAGAUUUCUCUCGAUGAGAGAAAGAUCGUGUUCAACAGAUUGAUGAACUCGUUCGUCACUUUGCAAAACGAUGUCAACGCCUUCAUUGACUCUACUAAGAACCAGAACUCUCCAGCUGGAAAGGUUCCAAACCCUGGUAUCAAGCAGGCUUUGGAAAAGAAGGAAGGUUUAUUCAGAAAACACAUGAUGGGUAAGAGAGUCAAUUACGCUGCUCGUUCCGUCAUUUCUCCAGACCCCAAUAUCGAAACUAAUGAGAUUGGUGUUCCACCGGUUUUUGCUAAGAAAUUGACCUACCCCGAGCCAGUAACUGCUCAUAACGCUGCUGAGUUGAGACGUGCCGUCAUUAAUGGUCCGGACAAGUGGCCUGGUGCUAUCCAGGUCCAAAACGAAGACGGUUCAUUGAUUUCGUUGAUUGGUAUGACGUUGGAACAGCGUAAAACCAUAGCCAACCAGUUGUUGACCCCAUCAAAUGGUGCCACCAUACUCAAUAAGAAGGUUUAUAGACAUAUCAAGAACCACGACGUGGUAAUCAUGAACCGUCAGCCUACUUUGCAUAAGGCCUCUAUGAUGGGCCACAAGGUUAGAGUGUUACCAGGUGAAAAGACCUUGCGUUUGCACUACGCCAACACUGGUGCUUAUAAUGCCGAUUUUGACGGUGACGAAAUGAACAUGCAUUUCCCACAGAACGAAAAUGCUAAGGCAGAAGCUUUGAACUUAGCUAAUACUGACUCUCAGUACAUUACACCAACAUCCGGAUCUCCAUUGAGAGGUUUGAUCCAAGAUCACAUCUCUGCCGGGGUUUGGUUGACUUCCAAAGAUUCUUUCUUCACCAGAGAAAUCUACCAGCAGUUGAUCUAUGGAUGUAUCAGACCAGAAGAUGGCCACAGCACCAGAAGCAAACUCAUUACUGUUCCCCCAGCUGUUUUCAAGCCACAGCCUUUAUGGACAGGUAAGCAAGUAAUAACUUCUAUCUUGUUGAAUAUCACUCCAGAUAACGUUCCAGGUAUCAACUUGGUGUCCAAGAACAAGGUCAAGAACGAGUACUGGGGCGAGGGAUCCAACGAGAACGAAGUUCUUUUCAAGAACGGUGAAUUGUUGUGCGGUAUCUUGGAUAAGUCGCAGUAUGGUGCUACGCAAUUCGGUAUAGUCCACUCUUUGCAUGAAGUGUAUGGUGCUGCUGUAGCAGGUAAAGCAUUGAGUGUACUUGGUAGACUUUUCACGAAUUACAUCAUGAUGACAGCCUUCACAUGUGGUAUGGACGACUUGAGACUUACCGAGGAGGGUAAUUCUUGGAGAAGAGACAUCUUAAAGCAGUCUGUAGAUAUCGGUAGAGUUGCUGCUGCGGAAGUCACCAAUUUGGACAGUAAAUCUACUGGAAACCACGAUCCUGAGUUGUUGAGACGUUUGGAAGAGAUUUUGCGUGAUGAUAACAAGUUGGGCAUUCUUGAUGCUGUUACCCAGUCCAAGGUGAAUACCAUCACUUCUCAAGUCGUUGCCAAGUGUGUUCCAGAUGGAACUAUGAAGCGUUUCCCAUACAACUCUAUGCAAGCUAUGGCUUUGUCUGGUGCCAAGGGGUCCAAUGUCAAUGUUUCUCAAAUCAUGUGUCUUUUAGGGCAACAGGCCCUUGAAGGUAGAAGAGUACCGGUUAUGGUUUCUGGUAAGACUUUACCUUCUUUCAAGCCAUUUGAGACUGAUGCCAGAGCCGGUGGCUACAUCAAGGGUCGUUUCUACUCUGGUAUCAGACCUCAGGAGUACUAUUUCCAUUGUAUGGCUGGUCGUGAAGGUUUGAUCGAUACAGCUGUCAAGACAUCUAGAUCAGGUUACUUGCAGCGUUGUUUGACCAAACAAUUGGAAGGUGUCCAUGUCAGUUACGACAACUCGGUCAGAGACGGUGACGGCACCUUGAUCCAGUUCUUGUACGGUGGAGACUCUAUUGAUACGACCAAACAGUCUCACAUGAACCAGUUUAAGUUCUGUGCUGAGAACUACGAUGCCUUGUUGGCCAAAUACAACCCUGGUGAAUUGACCCACCAUUUGGAUACCGAAACUGCCUUACACUACUCCAAGAAGGUUCGUAAGAACAUGAAGAAACAAGGCAAAUUGCCUCACUAUGAACAGCAGAUCAAGUACGACCCUGUCUUGUCGGUGUACAACCCAGCCAAGUACUUGGGUUCUGUCUCUGAAAAAUUCCAAGAGAAGUUGGACGACUUCGUCAAGGACAAUGAAGACAUUUUCGCCAAGUCAAAGGAAGAAGCCAAGUCUACUGGAAAGUUGACGGAAAAGAAGUUCAGAGCAUUGAUGCAAUUGAAGUACAUGAGAUCAUUGAUCAAUCCCGGUGAAGCUGUGGGUAUCAUUGCCUCUCAGUCUAUUGGUGAACCUUCUACCCAGAUGACAUUAAACACUUUCCAUUUCGCUGGUCACGGUGCUGCCAACGUGACGUUGGGUAUUCCUCGUAUGAGAGAAAUUAUUAUGACAGCUUCUGCUGCCAUCAAGACACCACAGAUGACUUUGCCUAUUUUGGAUGAUGUGUCUGACGACCAGGCUGAUGCCUUCUGUAAGUCUGUAGCAAGAGUUGUGAUGUCGGAAUUCAUUGACAAGGUUCUCGUGACUGAAACCACGUCUACGUCCGAAGAUGGAACUAACUCCAGAUCGUACAUCAUCAACUUGAAGUUCUACACACGUAAGGAGUACGAAGAGGCCUAUGACAUCUCUCAGGAUCACUUGGAAGACGUCAUCACGAGCACAUUCUUGCACGCUUUAGAAGCCCAGAUCGUCAAGGAAGUCAAAAAACAGAAGAGACCAGACUCUUUGCCUAAUAUCGGAAAGUCUGCUGGCAAGACUGAUUUGGAAUCGAUUUCUGCCAAGGUUACAGAAAUCAACGACGAUGAAGAUGCCUCAGAUGAAAAAUCUAGAAACAAGGGCAAAGAAGCUGUCUCUUACGACGGUCCAGAUGAUGAGGAAAUUGAAACUAUGAAGAAGGCCGAAGAAACCUCGGAUGAAGAGAUGGUUGACGAUGAUGAUGAUGAUGACGACUCGUCUUCCUCUUCUGAAGAUGAAUCCUCUGACGAAGAAAUGGAAGAAGAAAAGAACACAACAAAGGAAUUAUCUAGAACUGCUAAGGACCGUCAGGCCGAGGUUAUUUCUUCUCACAAUAUGGUGACGAAGUUUGACUUCGAUGAUGAAAACGGUGAAUGGUGUGAAUUCAAAUUGGAGUUGAAUGGUAACGAAACGCAAAAGUUGUUGAUGGUUAACAUAGUCGAAGACUUGUGCCGUAAGGUUGUUGUUCGUGAGAUUCCACAGAUUGGUCGUUGUGUUCAUCCACAACCAGAUGCCAGUGGUAAGAGAAUCUUGACCACUGAAGGUGUCAACUUCAGAGCCAUGUGGGAUCAAGAUGAUUUCAUUGACGUCAACAACAUCACCUCUAACGACGUUGCUGCUGUGUUGAGAACAUACGGUGUUGAAGCUGCUAGAAACACUAUUGUCAACGAAAUCUACAGGGUCUUUGACACCUAUGGUAUCAGUGUGUCCAGUCGUCAUUUAGACUUGCUCGGUGAUAUGAUGACUAGAGAGGGUACCUACUUGGCUUUCAAUAGACAGGGUAUCGACUCUUCUACCUCUGCAUUCAUGAAGAUGUCGUAUGAAACCACCUGUCAAUUUUUGACCAAGGCCGUUUUGGAUGGUGAUCGUGAAGACUUGGAGUCACCAUCUGCUCGUAUUGUUUUAGGUAAAUUGUCCAACGUUGGUACUGGUUCGUUCGAUGUUUUGGCACAAUUGGGUAAAGUGUGAUUUCCAUUUGUGAACAUGUUUUCAUUUGUACAUUAAUUUGUACAUUGUAUUCGUAUUUUGUUUUUUGCAUAUAGAUUAAUAUAAAAAGUAUAGUAUCUU